AUGAAAUCUCAACAAGAAGACAAUUCAAGAUGGCAAAUGGCCCGCAAGUCAGUCAAAAGUGCAAAUCAAAACCCAUAUUUACACGGCAAGUACGCGCAAUUUCUGAUCGGUUUCGACACCAUAGGUUGAAGCCAUGAAGAUAAACUUUAUUUUAAUUUUCUGGUUUAACAACCUCACCAGUACUGCGUCGUAACAAACUAACAACAUCACUAGUAUUGCCUCGAAAUGCAAAUGUGAAAUGUCGGCAGAAAAAUACGGGCGCUUCCGAUUGCUCCCGAUACUUUACGAAAAUGCGGACUGGACACCAUGAUCAUCAUCGCUCAUCGCGUUUCAGUGUGUACUAUGUGAUAAUGGCUAGCCCGCAAACGGGCUAGCCACAAAAAUUAUGUGCUUCAAGAGAAGGGAGUUCUCCAAUCUUCUGACCAGCUAUGUUAUCCCAGCUGUUUUCAACGUCUGGAAAAGGCAGCAGCAGUGUUUGCUAAAAGCAUUAAGGACAACCCAAUUUGUAUUGCGUCUGACAUGCGAGUGGACAGUCCUGGGCACAAUGGACUGUUCGGUUCAGGGAGUAGCUUAGAUGUUGACAGAAAUAUAAUUCUGGACACUCAAGUUAUUAAGGUAAUUGAAGAAAUAUACAAUCUAUCUGAAAUUGACUCCUAGAUUUAAUUAAGCCUGCAUGCAUGUUUCCAUAAUUAUGGUCGUAAAGAUUGAGUCAAGAUCUUUCUCAUCAGAUGAUACCUCGCGAAAUACAACAUUUUAGAACUGAGAACUGCGCAGUGAUUAUAACUAGACAAUUACUUAUUAUUUAUAAUAUGUGGUUUACCCGUAUAUACUAUUAUAAACUGGCACUUUUAGAAAGAUCGUAACUUUAUUUUUACGACCAUUAUGAAUGUUAAUUAAUGUGGAGCACUGAAGUAAAGAAUUCGAAUGCGAUGGAACUGGAGUCCCUAAAACGACAAAUGGCGUAUUUGGAGCAAUCUGACGUAAACGUGAAAAAGCUGGUCACAGAUAGGCAUUCUCAGGUUUCGUCUUACCUCGCACAAGAAAAGCCGGAUAUUGUACACGCAUACGUUUGACAUGUAGCGAAAGGUAUUGCACUGUUUACUGUAUACAAAAUCACAAGAAAUAAACUUACUAUAAAUAAUAGGACUUACUGUGCGCGAUAUGAAAUUGACUAGAUAGCGUCAGUGCUUGUAUUAAAGUCGUAAACAACGUAAUUAAUAAGUACCAUUACAUAAUUUAUAGUUCUAAUUACGAAUCAGUUAUUACUGUAACAUACCGUAUUGAAUUGUAAUACUGAAAUACCUCGGCAAACUUGAGUAUUGUGAAUUUGUAAAACGAAUACAGCAUUGCAUUUUAAAGAUUUGAAAUGUACGACUUGAAAUGUACAACGUUUUGAAAUGUACAACUUUUCGGCAUGUGACAAAUAAAUGAAUCAAUUGGCCGUGACUAACAUUCCGCUUUCGUUUAUUGGGCAAAUAAAUGGGGAUUUUCCCAGUGUAGGACACCAGCCGGGUAAAAUCACUAGCUAUGAUAUUACUUGUACAAAUCACUUAUUGUACAUGCUCAUGCAUUUUUUUAGGAGAAAAAAAACGGUUGCUGAAGGUUGUGAAAAUAAAGAAGUUUCGAAAAUUAAAGCCUUGGAUUGGCGUAAGUGUCUAAAAGGGAUGUUUAAAAUUUUUUGACAAUUUACUUAGUGUAGCACACUCAAGCCGCACUUGCUCUCUUCUUGAGUUGCUUUUCUUAUUAUUAUUCAGCUGUUAUUCCUUAAGUUACAGUAGAUAACAACUGUAAUUCUUUAGAACUUUACAGAUAUUCUCAAAAGUCUUUUAAGGCGAAUGUUUAACGUUCAAUUUCAGUUCUACAAUACUAUCUUAAAACAUGGCGGUGUUGAUGAAUGGAAAAUUUUGCACGUAGUCGUAGCCCACUUGUUUAAAUUGUUGUGUGCAAUUACUGUUUUCUAUAGUCUAUCAUCAACCACAUGUAUUGGGUGGCCAUUUCAAGCCAAUCACCUGUUGAAAGGGAGGAAAAGUGGCUAAGUUUGCUGAAUCAUAUUGUGGAUGUGCACGUCCACAAUGAGAAUAAGUUGUUUAUGAAGUGUACCCAUGAAACAAUAGAAAGGAAAUGGUUACAAACAGGUAGUAUGACUUACAUUAUAUAUUAAUAUAUAUAUAAGGUCUAUGGCCUUUUCCAGCAUCAAUAGUGCCGGAAUUUGAAAAAAAACCCAGCCGAAACAAAGAACAUAUGUUAAUUACAGCCAGAUUCAAGACAUCAAAAUAGGGCGAACUUGUAUGUAUAUAUAUUAACAAGCGAUACUACCGAUAUUUGUAUAGGAUCGGCGAUUUAUAAGAAGUUGAUCGAGAUUAUCACUAGGCCAAGACUACUCACAGCCAUACGGAAAUUAUCAAAUUAUCAUCAGACGUCAGGACUAGAAGCAAAACACUCACUCGACAACACAUUUGCAUCGAAGAAUGUAUACUACCCUUACCACUCACUCAUGGCCAGGUUCAUAGCUUUGUACCCCAGCCUUAUUCAUUCCUAUUUUGUUACUGCGUAGCAUAAGGAAUUUUACAUAGUACUAACCUCGGUCUUACAAAAUUAAUGUGAUUUACUUCCCAAAUUAGGUUGUUCUGCUCCAAUCUACAUUAUAAUGAAAACGCAAAUAGGAGCCAAGCAACUACAGCUGAAGGGGUCAGUCAGUGGUCAAUUGUUUACCCAAAAGCUAACAAAGGGGAGAAGGCUGUGGCUAAACCUUUAAAAGAACAACCGACCUACAGUAAGUGCAACCCUGGUGCAACCACACACAACACGAAAUAAUCAUAUUUGGCAUGCUAUUUUUUAGUUUACUUGACAUAAAACUAUCAUGUAUUACAUAAUUGAUCAUAUCAAUUGAUCGUGAUGUAUAUUAUACAAAGGCUGUACAUAAAAUGUUUAAUAUGAAAACAGUUUAAAACCCGUAUUUAUUUUAUAAUAGAAUAUAUACAGACCGUUCAAGAAGAAUGCCUCAAGCUCCGAAACGACUUUAGCACCCUCAAGAAAGCAAUAAGCCACUCCAAAGAACUCCUUCCGGAAGAACCCGUCACUCUAGUGGAAAAGUAUCUAGAUGGUAAACAACCAAAGCCAGCUUUGCCAGGCGUAGACGAAGACAAAAAUGCGCCACAAGACGAUGCAAAUGUAAAAAUGAACUUCGCAAGUGUAAGUCUGCUUGCGGUUGUAAAAGAGGCUUGUAAGAACGUUUAG